AUGGAUGUGUAUUCUAUAGCUCCUAAGAACAACAUGUCUUGGCAGCUGAAAAAGAGCAUUGAGUCAAGAGAUCUCCUUCAAACUGUGGGAGGGUGGAAUGCAGUUAUGCAUAAUGGGAAUUAUUGCAUUAAAAAGGCGUAUAAGUUGUUGUUAGGUACUUUUGAGAAAGUACAAUGGAGAAGAUUGGUGUGUAACAACACUGCUAGCCCUAAGAGCAAGUUUAUGCUUUGGAUGGUGUUGCAAAAUAGAGUGGCUACUGCAGACAGGUUGAGCAAAUGGGGGAUACCUUGCUCAGUUACUUGUAAAAUGUGUAAUGCUGCUGAUGAAUCAGUUCAGCAUUUGUUCUUUCAAUGUGGCUAUUCUAUGACAGUCUGGAAGGAAAUUCAUGCAAAACUCAGGUGGCAGUACCAGAAUAUUCCAUUCCAUGAAGAGGUCCAAAAAGCUACAAGGAGAGCUCAUAGUAGCAGCAGACAGGGCAAAAUGUAUACAAAGCUACUAACAGAGACAAUCUAUGGUAUUUGGCUUCAAAGGAAUAACAAGAUUUUCAAUAACAAUCUUGUUCCUCCUUCUGUCCUAGUUAAAGAAAUUUUGUUUAGAACUACUUGUAAUUGUUCUAAGGAAGAGAGAAUGUUGCUAUUGUAUUAG